AUGCCAUCCGUUGUCACCAAGAUAAAAGAUGCACUCCACGGGGAUCAUGACAGCCGGGACGAGUAUCGGUCGGAUGGACUAGAAAGAUCCGACGACCGAAUCUCAGGUACCCACGGCCAUGGCUCCUCCAAUCUUCCUGGAUCGUAUCCUGGUCAGGAGUCAGGAACAUCGCAAGCUGUCCAUCAGGACGGCCGAGAAUAUGUCGCUCCUCAUGGAACUGCAGUCGGACAACAGAGUCAAAAUACUGGUGGCUCCCUCGACCCUGUUGGAUCUAACCAACCGCAUUCUAGGACCACAACCACGACCCAGACAUCAACCCACGGCGGGUUUGGUGACGCCUCACAAGGAUACGGGACGACAGGACAUCCGCAAGACCGACCCCUUGGUGAAAUUCAACCUGGUACCCGUGGCCAGAAUGAAGUCACUGAUGACCGUAAUCUGAUGGACCCUGCUUCACGAGGCACAGGAUCCAAUGUCCUCGAUGGAAGUCGUACUGGCACCGAUACCACCAGCGGUGGCGGGCUGGGACAUGAUUCUCGCUCGACGGGGUCCAAUAAACUCCAUCGCCGCGACGAUCCUCGAGGCUACGAAUCCAACCCUGGUCAUAGCUCUACUACUCACGGCUCAUCUAAUGUUGCCGGGAGCGGUGUCACAAGCGGCCACAAGGGUCAAGGCCAGCAUCUCCGCGAAGAGAUUGCUGAUCCAAAUGAUCGCCGUCACGCAGGUGGUUCGUACGGGACCGAUCAAUAUGACGAUAAAACCCGUUCGUCGCAUCAUGAUCCCAGCCGAGCCGCCGCUGUAGGGGCAGGAGGCGUCGGCGCAGGUCUUGCAGCGUCACAGAUCCCUGAUCGCUCACGCCGUCAUGACAAUGAUGACUCACGACACGCUUCUUCCAAUAUAGGUGGGAACCAGUCUUAUGAUACUGCAAGCAGUGGAACCAGCCGACAUGACUAUGCCGGUCGUGAUACUGGCCGUGACACUGGCCAUGGAGGUAUCUAUAACACUGUCGUCGGCGCUGGAAGUGAAGACGAUCACACCCGUCCUCACGGCGCUCACGGUACUCACGGCUCGGGAAUCGGAUCUGGCUCUGGUCCUGGCCCUACCGGCAGCGGCCGCCAAUAUGAAUCUCAUCCCGGCACAACCUCUGGCCUCAGCGGCCAAGGUCACGUCCCUCGUGAAGCAGGCGAUGGUCGCCACACCACGUCUGGAGGCAGAUCAGGCCUAUCGGGCCCCGAGGCUGCCGGUCUAGCUGCUGCUGGCGCAGGAGUCGGCGCAGCCGGUGCAUAUGGUGCAUCACGAGCCCAUGACCGUGAUGGAGAUCGUGCCCAAGGUCAAGGCCAAGCUGGCGGCCAAUAUUCAGAUACAGGUCUUGGAUCUCGCGGUGGUGGUCCGGAUACGUCGAUGAAUCCAUCUGCAUAUCCCGCCCAAUCUCAAUCUCAAUCUCAAUUCCAGCAGCCAGGCGCCAUGGGACAAGGUCCUACCGGCCGAGGUGCGAUGGCAAGAGACUCAAACGCCAUUCCUGGUGCGGGUGGAAUGGGGCCUUCGUCGUCUUCUUCUUCUGGUGGUGGUGGACAUGGAUUGGAUUCCCUCCCUCCUGGCGCCAGACUACUGCACAAAUGUACCCAUUGCGGCCAGGACAAUGAUAUUAGCCAUUAUUUGAGGAAAGAUGUGGCAUAUCGUAUCGAGCAACAGUGA